AAUCGAGCCAAAAACGCACCUUCCCCCUAUUUCUAGCGCAUGUUGUUGACAAAUUUCUAUUUCAACGCUAUUUCCGUUUCUUUUCUCUCUUAUAUAAGAACAACCUCAUUCACAUUCUUUUUCAUCAAUUCACUUCCCAAUUCUAUAAUCAUCGUCAUCAUGGCACUCUUUCAAAAACCACAUCUCUCUCUUGUCCUCGUGCUUUCUCUUUCGUUUUUGUCUCUUGCUCUUGCCGUAGACAUGUCCAUCAUCGACUACGAUGCAAAACUCGAUGCUGCAAAGAACGAAAACCACCUCAUGAAGUUGUAUGAAUCGUGGUUGAUGAAGCAUGGUAAGGUUUAUAAUGCAUUAGGUGAGAAAGUACGUCGAUUUGAAAUCUUUAAGGACAACCUUAGGUAUAUUGAAAACCAUAACAAUUUUGAAAACCACUCCUUCAAGUUGGGUCUCACAAAGUUUGCUGAUCUUACCAAUGAAGAAUAUCGUUCCAUGUUUUUGGGUACACGACCUCGGAAAUCCAAAGGGUUGUUGUCUGCUUCCAAGAGUGAUCGUUAUGCUAUUCGUGAUAACGAUGAAUUGCCAGAGCACGUUGAUUGGAGGGAGAAAGGUGCUGUCAAUCCCGUCAAAGAUCAAGGCCAAUGUGGGAGUUGUUGGGCAUUCUCAACGGUUGCAGCUGUGGAAGGGAUCAAUCAAAUUGUAACCGGUGAUCUCAUAUCUCUAUCAGAACAAGAGUUGGUGGAUUGUGAUAGAGGUUAUAACAUGGGGUGCAAUGGAGGUCUCAUGGACUAUGCUUUUGAGUUUAUAAUGAAAAAUGGAGGCAUCGAUACAGAAGAGGAUUACCCUUAUCAUGCUCGUGAUAAUACAUGUGAUGCAUUCAGGAAAAAUGCUCGGGUAGUCUCUAUUGAUGGAUAUGAAGAUGUUCCUCAGAAUGAUGAGAAAUCUUUGAAGAAGGCGGUUGCACAUCAACCUGUUAGCGUUGCCAUUGAAGCUGGUGGCAGGGCAUUUCAACUUUACCAAUCGGGUGUUUUUACUGGCAUUUGUGGAACAGAACUUGAUCACGGUGUUGCAGUGGUUGGAUAUGGAACAGAGAACGGGAUCGAUUACUGGUUAGUGAGGAACUCAUGGGGUUCAUCAUGGGGUGAAAAUGGCUACAUUAAGAUGGAGAGAAAUUUGUUAACAAAAGAAACUGGCAAGUGUGGAAUUGCAAUGGAGGCAUCAUAUCCUAUCAAGAAGGGUCAGAACCCACCAAAUCCUGGUCCUUCACCUCCAUCACCUGUUCAGCCUUCAACUGUAUGUGAUGAAUACUACUCUUGCUCAGCUGGAACCACAUGUUGUUGCCUUUUUGAGUAUGGAAACUUCUGCUUUGCUUGGGGAUGCUGCCCUAUUGAGUCUGCAACUUGCUGCGAUGACGGUUCCAGCUGUUGCCCUCAUGACUACCCGGUCUGCGAUGUUGAAGCUGGAACUUGCCGAUUGAGUAAAGAUAAUCCUUUUGGAGUUAAAGCUUUGAAAAGGACACCUGCAAUAAGUACUGGGAAUUGGACUGCACGAAAAGCCGCAAUAAAACGCGCAAUAAAAGGCAACUAAAUGUGACAGAAGAGAGUGGAAUACUCAUGGCUGGCUUAAGCACAACAAGUCAAAAACAGUCUAUUAUGUAAAUAUAACAUAUUUAUUUUUCAUUCAUUUUUAAAUUCUUGAUUCUCUCUGUUUUUUAAUAUCAAUUUACAAUUUAAGAAUAUGUGUUGCGUGCCUUUGUUUUUUAUAUAUUCUGAUGAAAUUUGCAUA